CUCUCAAUAACUUACUCACUCGACUAGAUCCAUUACCACAUCCACGUGAAAAAUCAAACUCAAUUCAAUUCCUAUACGCUUUAGCAAACCCAACUCCAACGAGAUCUCAAUCCAUUCAACCACUUCCUACGAUCGAUAUAACUGAAAAUCAAACAUCAAAACCUACUUCAUCAUCAUCAUCAUCAAGAUCACAGAUACCCAUUCCAAACACCAUCCCACUUCCAGUUCCAAACCAAGAUCCUAAAGAUCAAAAACCUAAUCUUUCAUCUAAAUUAAAAUCAAAACGAUCUCAACAUGGUUAUCCAUCUCAUCUUCCUGAACACCUUCUCUUACGUGAUUUAGUCUAUUUACUUCAAGCUAUCGAUGGCAAAUACCUAUCAUUUCAUGAUAGGAGUGAAGAAGAAGACGAAGAUCAUCUAGCAGAUCAGAGUUGGUCAGAUCAUGGAAUCCGAUUUCAUGAACCUCCAUCACAAAUCAUCACUUUACCACAACGCGAUUUAAUCCUCAAAUUAGCCGAAAUCGGUUGGCUCUACAAACGAAUUCGAUUGGCUAUUGAACCUAUGCUACCAGCAAAUGAGAACCUAACCACAAAGUCAAGAGCCGCUCUGGGUGAUACAUCAGCUGGGAUGGUAGCUCAAGCUUUAAUUUAUUCACUUCAAGCAGAACUAGGUACAUAUUACAGAGUGAUUGCUUUACUCGAAUCUAAUCUACACUCAUUUACUCUCAAAUCAUUAUUCUUACAUUUAAAUCCAACCUUACUUAGAUUAAGGAUGUGUGCAGCUUUAUUAGGAGCAUCAGAAAACACAAGAGGAGGUCAAUUAAUUUCAAUCUUAGAUAGUUAUACCCAACAUGGUGAUCCGAUCGUGUCUAAAUUUGUUUCAGAUCUAUUAGAAGGUGUUAGUGGUCCGUUUUUUGAAUUUUUAAGAAGUUGGAUUUGGGAUGGUGAAUUGUUAGAUAGAUUUGAAGAAUUCUUCAUUGGUGUCAAUGAACCAAAUCAACAUCAAGAUCAAGAUGAUCAAGAUUCAUUAAACCGAAAUGAAAGUUGGAAAGUUUGGGAAAGUAAAUUUGUGUUUAGGGAAGAAUUCGUGCCUAGUUUUAUUAAUCCAGUCUUUGCUAAAAAGAUUUAUUCGACUGGUAAAUCAAUUAAUUUUAUUAAAUAUUCUUGUAGUGAAGAAGAUUGGCAACGAACGCGUGCUGAACUUCAAAAAUUAUCAUCUUCAAGUAGUUUACAUUACCAAGAUAUUGAAGGACUUGAAGAAACAAUCAAGUCAGCUUACAAGAUUUGUUCAAAGGAAUUAUUCUACAUCUUCUUCACCAAGCUCAAACUUUUAGAUCACCUCAAAGCUUUGAAAGAUUUCCUAUUACUAGGUAGAGGUGAUUUUAUCAGUUUGUUGAUCGAAAGCUUAGGUCCGAGUUUGAAUAAACCUGCUAGUUCACUCUAUCGACACAAUCUUACUGCAACACUCGAGUCUGCUAUCCGAGCUACGAGUGACGAUCAAGCUUUAAUGAAUCGAUUAGAUGUUCGAAUGUUAGAGUUCACACCUCUCGAUUUAGGAUGGGAUGUAUUCAUGUUGGAAUAUAAGCCUCAAAGUCCUUUGGAGGUGGUCUUGAGUCCAGCAGCAAUGGGAGGCUAUAUGAAAACUUUCCGAAUGCUUUGGAGGAUGAAAAGGGUCGAGUAUGCACUGGAUGGGGGUUGGAAGGCGGUAAUGUUAGGCUCCAAAAGUGAUCGAUACAAGUCCGAUUUCCAUCGUGCAAGAUUAGUAAUGUCAGAAAUGAUUCAUUUCAUUCGACAACUUCAAUGUUAUGUUCAACUUGAAGUGAUCGAAUGUGGAUGGCAAGAAUUUGAAAAACGAGUGAUGUUAGAAGGAGGUGAUUUAGAUUCACUUGUAGAAGCUCAUGGGCUUUACUUGGACAGAUUAGUCAGUAAGGGUAUGUUAUUGAAUCCAAAGGCUGGAAGAGAGAAUUCAUGCUUGCUUUUGGCUGAAGACUGCUUCAAGGUCAUCUUGGCUUUCAAGGCUUCAAUCGAUUCUUUGAAAGCUUAUGUCUUGUCAGACACUUCCGAAUCGGAUACUCGAAACUCGGCUCGUUCGACACCAGUUCAAGGAUCGAUUCCAGCACUAGAUGAAAUCAGACGAUUAAUCUCAGCUCAAGCUAAAUUAUUUAAUGAGCUAGUCUUAGAUCUGAUCUCAGCUCUUACAGCUCAACCUGAUCCCGAUCUGAGGUUUCUUUCGGUUCGUUUAAAUUUCUCUUUGUUUUACCUUAGACCUAAAUCAUUAGGAGGAAAUACUAAACAAACUAGAAGAUGAGGUAUAAAGUGUUGUAAAAUUUGUCGAAGGGUUAAUGAACUGGUUAUGUAGUGAUGAAUGUGAGUUGAGAGUGAAAGGUUCGAAAUAGAGUCUACAUACUCGCAUUCUGAGAGUCAAGUUG